AUGUCAUACAAUCCGUAUGCUUAUGCCGCAGAAAAUGAUGAUUUAAAAAUAAAUGACAGAAAUGUUAACAAACAAACCUCUUUUACUCCUCCACAGCCUCAGAGUUUUCAACAACCCUUUCAGCAACAAUUCCAGCAAUCAGCACAACAAAAUGAUCAAGCUAGUUUUUCGUACCAAGAUCCACGUACUUCUAUGGCUUAUCAGUUAGGACAGUCUGCAUUUUCCAAUUUUAUUGGCCAGGAUAACUUCAGUCAAUUCCAAGAAAACCUGUCAAAGGCCACCGGCGCAUCAUCAUCUUUAUCGCACUAUUUUCAAGUUUCAAAUUCCUACGUGUUUAAGAAGUUAAAGAUCAUCAUUCUCCCAUUCAUUCAUGGAAGCUGGCAAAGGAUUCCUAACGCAUCGAAUUCCGGCUCUGGUGGUCCCUCCUUUCAAGCCCCCAAGGUUGACGUAAAUUCCCCAGAUAUGUACAUACCCGUCAUGGGCCUCGUCACAUAUAUUCUCGCCUGGAAUUUUCAACAAGGGUUGCAGGGCUCUUUCAAUCCUGAAUACCUAUAUUACAAAUUAUCGUCCACUUUGGCGUUCGUGGCCCUUGACAUGGUAAUUUUGAAGUUUGGUCUUUAUUUAUUGGUCCCUCUGAACUCAGCUGCCACAAGUCUUGCAGAGCUCACGUGCUACGUUGGUUAUAAAUUCGUUCCCUUGACGAUUGCCAUGUUGCUCCCUUCUUCUCCCUACUAUUUGUUUCUGCUAGGUAAGGUGUACCUAUUCAUUGCAUUCGGGGUGUUCUUGUUGCGGUCUGUCAAAUUCAACCUUUUAGUAGAUUCUGGAAAUGAAUUCCACACAGUCAAGAAAAGUGUGGUUCGGAAGUGUAACUAUUUCCUAUUUGUCUAUGGAUUUGUUUGGCAAAGCGUCUUGAUGUGGCUAAUGGGAUGA